CUGUUUUUCCUACUUUUCUCCACUCCUCCCAGUGUAUCUGUAAUGGUCUGCUGGUCACUGACCAAAAGAGGAGUCAGAUCCUUCAAGAAGCAGAUUAUGGUUGAUUUUGGUCUCAGAUUCUCCACUUUCAGUAUGUCUGGGAAGGCGAGUCAGUGACUUGUGGCUCAUCUCAGCCAUCUGUUUCGGACGCCCCCUGGAUGCCUCCUUCAGGAGGUGUACCAGGCACCUCCCAUCAGAAGGAGUCCCGCUGGACGGCUGAGGACUUGCUGUGAGGACUGUGUCUUGGCUGGCCUGGACACCCCAUCACCCUGGAACUGGAAGUGUUUGAAAAGUGGGAAGUCUGGCAUCUCUGCUCAGUCUGCUGCCCCCAUGUCCUGGAUAAACAUAAGACAAACUGCCCUCAGUGCCUUCUUUCAAGAAACAAAUAUUCCAUAUGGCCAUCAUCAUCAAAUGAUGUGCACCCCAGCCAACACACCAGCGACGCCCCCCAACUUUCCCGAUGCGUUGACCAUGUUCUCCCGGCUGAAAGCCUCCGAGAGCUUCAACAGCAGCGCCGGCAGCCCCAUGACCGCCUCCAUGGCCACCUCACCGCCUCCCUCGCAGGUCGGCGGCUGGGGGAUCUCACCAAAUGUACCUAAUGUGCCGCAACCUCAGCAGGGACUCUGGACUCAGGGGCAGCCCCCCACGCAGCCCUGCCCACCCUGGCCCAUGGGUGUCAACCCGCACACAGGCGCUGAGCAGAAGGCUAGUGUAGCGAUGGAGGCAGAGAGAUGAAGGGCCACACGGGACUGAAAAAGCCCCCUCCCCCCCACCUUCGUCAUGGGGGAGGGGGGUACAGAAAGUGGGACUGGGUGGGAGGCAAUAAUGGGUAGAAAUGGGUUUAGAUUGGAAGAUGUGGGAAAAAAUCUACGCAAACCAAGAAAAACUGAUUCUGGAUAAUAAAAGAAGAAGAAAACCAAUGCAAACACCUAGUAAUAAGAGAGCAGCCGAAACCUUUGUUAGUUUUCCUAAGUAAACGCUUAGAUACAAGAAACAUUGAAGUAAAACAGUGGAAAUAAAAAAAAAUGUCAUGCCCAAGGAUUCUCUACCAUCUUCAAGGACAUUCAAGGACUUUCAAGGCAGCAAACAUGAGUUUUUUUCAGCCGGUGUUUUUUACCCACUGGUGUUCUGUGUUUCUGCGACAGUCUGUGCUGCAUGAGGAAAAGUAAAGGGGACACAGUGAUUUAUUAUUUCUGUUUCUUUAAGAUUGAUUCAGAUUUCAGCGCCACCUUGUGGAGUUUGGGACGCAUGUGAGCGAGAUGGCGGCUUGUAAUCAGAAACGUAUACACGCAAAUGUCCACUAUAUAUAUUAAUGUAAACACUCACAUCAUUUAGGGUUUAACAGAAAACAUAACUGUCAUCCCAUCAUAAGAAGAUGGGACCUUCUCUUACCUCACCUGGUGGUCACCUGACUUCUUUCAACCAAUCAGGGAUUCUUCUGAAACCAGCUGUUGCCGGCGGCGAUAUGUUUUCAUUAGUGUUUUUCUUAAAGGCGACGGCCGUGUUUGGUUUAUUCUAACUGAUCCUCACUGCAGCGGCUCUUCUGACACCGUUUCAAACCUGGACUUCAGGAGGAGAAAGAAAUCAUUGUUUCCUCUGAUAUUGUUUCUGAUGUUGUUUUUAUUUGUUGAAGGUGAAGGGAGGAGGCUUAGAAAGUGGGCGGGGCUUGAGGUUUGAUCUUUUCUUUUUGUAAAAGUGAAUCAGUUGCAGCUAAAAUGACUAGAGAUUAAAAAUGAGACUACUCCAUCUUUUUAAACAGAAAUGCCACUUUUGCAUGACGUGUUCACAACGUGUAACAUCUUUUGUAGCAAGCAUACGUGAGGUGGAGGCGUGGUUCAGGAGGGGGGGUGUUGUUUCCUACCUUAAUAGAGCAGCAGUAGAUUUUUUUUGCUGUAAAAAGUUUAAAUUGAACAGAAAUGGAACUUUAUGGAUAAAGACGGACUGAGGACACCCAGCAGGGGGAGUUCGGGGACACUACAGACGACUUUCAGGGAUCCAGCAUACAGGAUGACUCCCCGCAGACACCGAGCUGCGGACGAGGUUUUUAAAAACGAGCAGAUAUCUUCGAAGGACAGUUUGGGGAAGACCCUCGUAAAAUCACAAUAUGUUGAAAGCAGGUUUGAGACCCUUCAUUUUUCCUCCAGAGACUUCGGCUCAUUUCUUUGGACCAUUGAUGAGGAAUAACCAACAUCCUGUUUAUUUAGGCUGAAGUUUGAGUUCACCCAUUUUCCCAAAGCUUGGUUCUUUAUUUGGUGAAAUCAGAGAGUUUGUGUGGGGCCUGUUCCUAAUGGUUUCUCAUGUAUGUCCCCCCCCCCCCGUAUGACUGUAUGAGACCAUUCCCACAAUAUUUGUGGACUACCUGAUAAAUAACUUAUCAUUUUUGUGAACCUAAAUAAAUAUUGUAUGUCAACCUCC